AUGUCGGAUUUUGACAAUUUGCGAGCAAUCUUAAACUUUGCGCAACGAAUAAAUCCAAGUUCAAAUUACAGUAACCUAAUCGAUUUGGUCGUUCCUACCGACCCGGUUCAACGUUCUACCGGUACUACUAGAAAACGACAAAGUAGUACCGCCCUAUUCCCCGCAGAGUGUGAGUUUGAAGUACCGUAUAUACCAGCGGCUUCACGACCAAUCAGUGUCGUGUUACCUACAGUAAGCCAGCUACAAUUGCCUACUGUAAGCCAACCACAAUUAACUACAGUAAACCGACUACAACAACCUACAGUAGGUCAUUCACAUAUACCUACUGUAAGUCAAUUACCUAAAACAACAAAGGUACCUUUCGGUUUCGCACAUCCUAUUGUUGUUCAAGCUGGACAGUCCUCAACGGCUACUGUAACACAGUCAGGUCUACAAGCCAGCUUAUCAAACCAAAACCAAUCUUUAUCACAACGAACUCAAGGAUCAUCAACUAGACAACCAGUACCAGUCUUUUUUCAACAGAACCGUACUACACCAAUACAGAAGAGCUUUGAGGUGAUAUCAGUGCCAUCUCCUAAUACAACAAGCCUAAGAGUACCAUCUACUAAUCCAACAAGCCUAGGUGUAUCAUCAACCAAUCCAUCAAGUUCAAGUGUAUCAUCGCCUAACCCGUCAAGCCUAAGAGUAACAUCACCCAGCUCACAAAGCCUUCGAUUACCGUCUCCUAUCUUCUCAAUACCUAACAACAAAACCUACAGUAACCCAGAGAUGACUACCAAUAUCCUAAUUAACGCUCAUGAUGAUGAAGAAAUGGAUGCCGAACUAUCGCUUCAACCAGGUGAAAGCGAUGGUGUGCGACACUUUUGUGUAGUAUGUGGAGACGAAAGUGAUGGUUUACAUUUUGGUCAAUAUACUUGCCGAGCUUGUGAGUUUGUUCUUUUCUUUUAUAUUUUUUUCUUUCCUUCUUUUAAAUGAGUAGGUACUGUAACUUGAUUCAUUUUUUUUUAUUCUUGGUUAUAUUUUUUUAAUUUGAUCUAACUUUUCGACUUUUUAGGUGCUGCCUUCUUCAGACGUACCGUAUCGUUGCGCCUCGAAUACGCUUGUAAACACAAUAAUAUGUGUGAUAUUGAAAAAAGUAAGCUCUUUUCGAACAAAACAUGUUCAAAAUUCAUGUUUCUGAUCAGACAAGUCUACCUAGUAAGCCUUUCCGUAACGUUUCGGUAACGUAAUGUAAACAGAUUGUAAUCUAGAAGUAAAAUGAGUUGUCAACAACACCUUAUAUUACCUUGAAAAUCCAAAACUACCCUGACAUCCUACUUUCCAGCCAAAAAAAAUUAAAAUUUAAGCUCAAAAAAACUAAAUUUCAAACUAAAAAACUAAAAAAUAACUAAUUUUGAACCCUCAAAACUCUCAAAAACCCUAGUUUCAAACCUUAAAACCCUCAAAAACCUCAACCUUCCCCCUAUUCACUACAGUAAAACAGAUUAAAACUGAACUUUUGAUCUCAGAUUAACGUAUUCGUUUUCAGAUGCGCGCAACAUGUGUCGCUCUUGUCGCUUCCACAAGUGUUUGAACAAAGGAAUGCAAACCUCAGGUAAUUACCCCCCAACAUAAAUGUUCUAGUUAGUGUGGCAUAGAAUUUGGUGUUAUUGAAUUAGGUGGACAUCACAACUCUUGACAAACUAGAAAACGCAUGAGUGACUCGAAACUAGAAAGAAAUAAAACAUUAGGGGGUUUGCGAUAAGAGUCGUAUAUUGUAGCUGUAAAAACAUUUGUUUUUGUUGUUUAUUGUAGUAAUUUUUAAUGGAGUUUGGUUUCGGUUUAACAUUGACAUAUCAUUUUAAAAUGUAAUGCUUUUGUUGUAAAAACCAUCACAAAAGUUUACUUCCUCAAAUACAAUAACCCUAGUUGCAUAUAAAAAAACAUUCGAUAAAAAAGACCCUUGCUAUCAGGGACGUUGCUACGGUUUUUUCUCUGGGGGGGGGGAGGUCGAAAAAUUUUUUUUGGUCCACAGCUACCUGUGGACCGAUUUAAAAAAAAUUCGUUUUUCCGCGCACAGGUACCUCUGCCUGUGGAAUUUUUUUCGGAUCGGCUCUGGGGGGGGGGAACCCCCCCCAAACGACGUCCCUGCUUGCUAUAACAAACACAAAAUGCCCUGUGUUGGUUAAAAUAAGAGUCAACUGUAAUGAAAGUUUCUUAAUUCGGAAAUUACAGUAGAUCAAUUUAUAAGCAUCACCAAAAGAAGAUAAUUUACCGAAUAGUCAUUUUUUACAUGAAAAUAGUGCUGCUCGGAUAAGAUAGCUUGUUAAAUAUAACGAGAGUUUUCUUAUGAGUCUUUACUUUUAUUGUACUUGAACUAAAGUAAACUUCUGUGAUAAUUUUUACAGCAAAAGCAACAAAUUUUAAAAGACAUAUCAAGGUAAACUCAAAGCAAACUCCAUUAGAAAUUACUACAAUAAAUACCAAAAAAUGUUUUUACUGCUACUAUAUCCAAAGUCUUUUAUCGCAAACCCCCUAAUAUUUUAUUUCUUUCUAGUUUCGAGUCACUCAUGCGUUUUCUAGUUUGUCAAGAGUUGUGAUGCUCUUCUAAUUCGAAAACAUAAAAUUAUAUAUCCCAGUAUAUUUUUCUUAUUAUGCAGUUCUAUAAAGAGGUCCUCUUCUGGAAAAAUAAAAUUUUAAAAAGCAUUUUUCGAGCCAAAUUAACAAAUCUGAUUACAGCGGUCCAACACGCCCGUGAUGGCAUAGGAAAACGUCGUGAACCUCAAAAACGCCCGAAAGAAUCCUCUUUCACCGACUCCGGAAUAUCACAAACCUCACAAUUAUCAGGCCAAACUAUCGUUGACAACUCGCCAACAACCUCGUCUCUCAACGGUUCAUUAAGCUUCGCUUCGACGCCGACCUCCACCGACGGUGGAAAGUACACAUUGUCUACUUAUCAAACGAACAACAGUGUAACCGGUCUUGCCAAUGCAUUGUAUCAGUAUAACCAAGAUAACACAUCUUAUGCCAGUCCACCGGAUCAAAGAACCGUGUUGCAGUUGGGACAAACUAUAAAUGUUGACAAUAAUCCCGUUCCUUAUGUAAUGAAUAGCUUGGCUAAUGUGAAUCUCCAACAACUGACACAAGUUGCAUUUGCUCAACAACAGCAACAACAACAUCAGCAGCAACCACCGCCAAGAGAAUCGGAUAUGAAGCUACUUAAUCGUAUGAUCGAAGGUUAUCAGCACUUCAGAAGCUUGAGAAAAGCCUCGUACACACUUAUUGACGACACUCCAAGACUUCAGAAGAAUGUAGGUUUUUGAUAUCAAUUAUAUUAUAAUAUGAUACCAACCUUAGUACUAUGAUAUGAGAUCAACCUAGCCACUAUAAUGUUAUAUCUUAUACUGCAAUAUCAGUAUUAUUAACUUAACCAUGGCUUCACAAUGUCAUUCAUAUACCCUAACAUUCAAAGUUGAACUAACCUUACCAAUAUUAUCAAUUUCAGGGCGAUUUAUCCCAAAGCAACUACGACACAUCGAAAAAGCAUUGUAAGAUCGAAGCCAGUUUGCUGAUGGACACUGUAGACAAAUUCUACCAUCCAUUCGAAAGCCUAAAACAAGACGACCGCAAUGGCUUAUUCGACCAAUUUUUCUGCAUGUUCACUAACGCUGAGCGCGCAUUCCGCUCCUACAAACUGUUUCCAGUUGGCGACGAUCGACUGAUCAUGCCUGAUGGUGGUACUAUCAAGCUACAAGAACUCACUAGAUUCUACGAGAAUAGUUCCAGCAUCAGAGGCGAUCCAUCACAGCUAGCUGGCAUUUUUGAGAAUGCCAUGAGCUAUGUUGUGAAUGUGAUCAUUAAUAAGAUGAGGAAUUUGAAUAUGACAGAGACUGAAUUGAUUGCGCUGAGUGGAAUUAUGCUUUGGAAGGAUAGUAAGUGACAUUGUCGUCUAUAUAUUACUAUAAGUAAUCAUCUUUACUCAAUUCUAUAAGCUAUUAGAAAGUGAAUAGUAUAAAAAAAGAUCCUGAUUGUGAACAAAAACCAAUUCAAACCCAUUUUCAGCAGUCAAAGACCUAUCGCCUCAAGCCAUCGCUAUCGUACACAGCAGCCGCGAGCAAAUCAUGCGCGAUCUACACUUGUACUACCGUUCUAACGGCGUGUAUGACUGUGAUAUCACAAUCAAAGUGGCAAACUUGUUGCUACUUUUGCCUGAAAUGGAGCAUGUCACCCGCUUGAUGAGAGAGAACUAUCACUUGGCCGCGGUUUUCAAUAUUAUUGAUCCGCCAAUGUGUGGUAAAACCAAGUGUAGUGAAUAA